CCUGGUCAAUAUUAGGUCCCUUCAGUUUCGUAACAGUGCUUCGUCAAGAUGAAAGCAUUUCUGGGAAUAGUCUAUUUGGUUGCAUUUGUUACUGCUGGCGUAACAAAAAAAGCUGAUGAAAAAAUUAAUGCUAAACGCAGUAUUGGACAUUAUGAUCUAGGAACCACCUACAUAGAUCAUGGAUACAGUAACGUCGUGAGUGGUGCUCAAGCAUCAGGAUCAGCAUAUUCAGGCAAUGCGAACAGUUAUGGGAGUGGUUAUAAAAGUAGUUAUGGAAGUGGCUAUGGAAGUGGAUAUAAAAAUAAUUAUGAAAGUGGUUAUGGAUACGGCUCCGGAUAUGGAUACGGUAGCGGUUACAACUCCGCAUCAUCAAACUACAACAACGCAGCAGUAUACAACAAAGGUUACAGCGGCCUAGACUCUGAAGGUCAAGUCACCCAUACCCACACCCACACCCAUGAAAUUCAAACUGUUACCAAACCGGUAGCAGUUCCUGUACCUCAGCCCUACCCUGUACAUGUGACCAAAACUGUUGAAGUACCCAAACCGUACCCUGUGACUGUCACCAAGACUGUACCUGUACCACAACCCUACCCAGUGCACGUCACCAAGACAGUGGCUGUACCUCAACCUUAUCCGGUUACUGUGACCAGGACUGUACCAGUGGAAGUAGAGAAACCAGUAUAUGUUCCGGUAGCAACUCCAGUAGCUGUCCACAGUGCACCAGUAGCUGUCCACACUGCCCCAGUAGCUGUCGAAACUGCCCAUUAUUCUGUCGAAGCUGCCCCAGUAGCUGUCCAUGCUGUCAGUGAUUCUUCAUCAAAUUACGGAGUUGGAUACAGCACAUACGGUAGCGGAUCCGGACUAUAUUCCAGCUCUUUUGGAGGUGGAUACAAGAGUGCAUAUGGUAGUGGUUAUGGAUCGUAUGCUUCAGCUUCGUCCUCGGCUUCAGCUGGAGGAGGUCUUCUCAGUUCUUACGUACCCAGUGUAUACGGAGGACUGUCAUCUAGAUAUUACGCUUGGUAGAUAAAACGUUGUUUU